AUGCUGGCGGUUCGAGCAACCAUCGACCAAAUCCACGAGGCUCUGGCUGGCACGCCGUACGAGGUAGCAUAUUUCAAUGGAAUCCGUGACAUCACUCUCAGUGGAUCUGUCGAGGAGAUUGCCAGAAUCCGGCUUUGUAUUGAAGACUCUGGGUACAGAUGUACUGAGCUCAACGUUCCCUACGCGUUCCAUUCUGCUCAAAUGGACCCCAUUCUCGAUCAAUAUGAGAAAAUGUGCGGUGGCGUCACCUUCAAAGAGCCUAAUCUCCCUGUCAUAUCCCCUCUGAUGGGUGGAUAUGUGUUCGAUGGCAGCACCUUCAACCCACUAUACAUGCGCAACGCAACGCGAAACCCGGUUCAGUUCGUGGACUCUCUCAGCAACGCGCUAGACCUGGGAUUGGUUGAUGGCAAGACAGUCUGGGUAGAAGUGGGACCUCAUGCCGCAUAUAGCCACUUUGUUCGUAAGAUGAUGUCCGAGGGAACAAUCACGGUGGCCAGCCUCAAACGGGAUGAAGACAAUUGGCACAGCUUUGCUCGUGGCAUGACGGAGCUACACUGUCUGGGGUUGAAGCUCAAUUGGCAGAGUUGGCAUGCACCUUUCAAGUCCCAACUGAGACUCUUGGAUCUCCCGGCCUAUCAGUGGAAUUUGAAGAAUUACUGGCUUCCAUACAACGGGACUUGA